AGUUGUCAGUCCGCCCCUGGUCCAGAGUUCAGCUUUAAGCAUGGCUGAUCACAUGUAAACAUGGAAAUGCCGGUAAUCAGCUUUCCGUGCAGGGGACAUGUACACUGAUCAUCAGGGCACUGAUGAUCAGUGUGCCCUGAUGAUCAGUGUGGCCCCAGAAGUGCCACCUGUCAGUGCUCAUCAGUGCCACCUGUCAGUGCUCAUCAGUGCCACAUCAAUGCCACAUAUCAGUGCAUACCAGUGCACAUCAAUGCCACAUAUCAGUGCCCAUCUUAGCUAUCAGUGCCACCUAUCAAUGCCAAUCAGUGCCACCUAUCAGUGCCAGUCAGUGUCGCCUAUCAGUGCGCAUCAGUGCCGCCUAUCAUAGCGCAUCAGUGCCACCUAACAGUGCCAGUCAGUGCCGCCUAACAGUGCCAGUCAGUGCCAUGUAUUAGUGCCGCCUUUUAGUGCCCAUCAGUGAUACCUGUCAAUGCCCAUCAGUGCAACCUACCAGUGCCCAUCAGUGCCACCUAUCAGUGUCCAUCACUGCAGCCUCAUUAGCGCACAUCAGUGAAGGAGAAAAAUCACUUAUUUACAAAAUUGUAUAACAAAAACUAAGAAAAAACUUUUUUUUUUCAAAAUUUUCUGUGGUUUUUGGUUUAAGAAAAAAUAA